AUGAUCCCAAACUUGGGCAUAACGUCCACGUUCAACAUCGAUACCGCCCCUUCACGAUUCACGACGCCUCAACAAACGGAUCCUGCUGCCUCUCAACUCAUCACAACGACGGAGAUGCUCUCUGCACCGCGACCACUCAUCACACCAGCACCACCAGACGCAUUCCCCCUAUUCGAACUCCCAGGCGAGCUACGCAACAUCAUCUACGAACUCAGCCUCCAAGGAGACCGCGACACCCCCAGCCUGACCGACCAAGGCUUCGGAGUCCCCUGCCCGCAGAUCCUCCUCGCGCACCCUCUAGCCUACUACGAAGCGAAGGACCUCCUAUUCGUCGACAAGACGUUCAAGUUCACACUCUAUCACUCCACAGACUGCAUGUUGGGGGAUUGCAGACUGCCGGGCUGCGAGCUGCGGUGCGUUAAGGCGGAUUGGAGCGUGAACGAAGGACGUCGUCAAGAUGUCGUGGACGUGGACGUUCGGGUGAAAUACGCACUACCGUCCUGGACGUCGAGGAUCUUCUCGGCAUACGUCGAAGUCCUCAUCGAUCCGAUCUCAGAACCGCUAGUCUCGAGGGGAAACGUCCUCGCGGCGCUGAAUAGCUUUCUACAUAUCCUCUCCCUGGAAGCGAAGAAGUUGGAGAAGUUGCGGAUUAAGUUCGUGGUCAAAGGACGGAGCCUGCUGUGUCCGCAUCUGUACUCCGUGCUCUUCCCAUUGACGCGAUGUCCGGCACUGAAAGAGAUUUUGUUGGAGGAUAUUCCAGGGCGGGAGAAGAUUCAGAGGAAGCUGCAGAGAAGUCUGGGUAGGAAAAUCUCGUGUCCGGAGUUUGAGAAAGUCAGGAAGACGGUAGAAGGGGCCCAAAGACUUCUCUGGCGAGCGCAGAAUCAGAAUGUAGACAGAAAGACGUGUCGGCGGAUGGCGAACCGUCUCCAUAGACCCGAGUAUCAAUUCCGCACCAAGUGCGAUCUCACGUGGCAUGCGGAGCAAGGGGCUGUGGUCUGGUCUGUUCCGCCCCGGCGGACGCCAGAUGGGCGUGAGACUGUGGGGAUGCAGCGGAAGAUGAUCUCGUUGUGUAAAGGGGAGACUUUCUAUCGGAGGUUGGGGAAGGCGGAUUUGGGCAAGUUGGAGGGGGAGAUGGGGUUGUUGAGGUUGGCUAUGAGGGAGAGUGAAGAUGAUGUUUGGAGUUGUGCUGUUGAUAGUGGGGUUGAUAUGCCGCUGUAG